AUGAUCACGGAGCUGGUGUGCACCGCCGUGGCUGUGGGUCUCUAUCUGAACACGCUGGACGCGGAUUUCUGCUACGAUGACAGCCGAGCCAUCAAGACCAACCAGGACCUUCUUCCUGAGACCCCGUGGACCAACAUCCUGUACGACGACUUCUGGGGCACCCUGCUCACUCACAGCGGCAGCCACAAGUCCUUCCGCCCCCUCUGCACCCUCUCCUUCCGCCUCAACUACACCCUGCACGGCCUGCGUCCCUGGGGCUACCACCUGCUCAACCUGGCGCUGCACGGGCUGGUCACCGCCCUCUUCACGGCCUUCAGUCGCCCGCUUCUCGGUGGAGGACUGUGGAGCCUGCUGGCCGGCCUUCUUUUUGCCUCUCAUCCGGUUCACACCGAGGCCGUCGCUGGCGUUGUCGGGAGGGCGGAUGUUGGCGCUGCGUUGUUUUUCUUGCUGUCACUUCUCUGCUACAUGAGGCACUGUGGACUUCGUAGGGACCCACACGGGACGUUUCAGAGCGGCCCAGUCACCCGGUGCUGGGGCUGGAUGCUGGGCAGCCUGUGGUGUGCAGCAGCCAGCAUGCUGUGGAAGGAGCAGGGGGUGACGGUGCUGGCCGUGUCGGCUGUGUACGACCUCUUCGUGUUCCAGAGACUCCGGUUUCGCCAGGCGCUUCUUCUCCUGCUAGGAAAGAAAAAGAACAUCAGUGUUUUGCUGAGUCUCGGUGUGCUGGCUUCCUGGGGAGUGAUUCUGCUGUCAGCUCGCCUCUACUGGAUGGGCAACAAGCCUCCCAACUUCUCCAACUCUGACAACCCUGCAGCUGACUCGCCGCAUUUUCUCACCCGAACGCUAACGUUCCUCCACCUGCCCGCCGCCAAUGCCUGGCUCCUGCUCUGCCCCGACAAGCUCAGCUUCGACUGGUCCAUGGACGCUGUGCCCUUGAUCAGGUCCAUGGCCGACUGGAGGAACCUUCACACUGUUGCCUUUUAUGUUGGAUUUAUCCUCCUGGCUUUGUUCGGCCUUCGCAGCCCCACCUGCAAAGCCAAGGAGCCCAAUGGAAAAGCUUAUGUCACUAAUGGGAAAUCAAUCACUAAUGGGAAUGGUUGGCACGCCCCUGACACAAACCAUAACACAGACCAGGGGCUGCCAAAGACCGCUCUGAAUGGGUCAGCUGGACUCCACCACUGCCCUCCACCACGGACGUCCCUGCCCCCUACAGAAAACCUAGUACUGUUUUCAUUAGGCAUCAUGUCAUUGCCUUUCAUCCCAGCCGCAAACCUAUUCUUUUAUGUCGGGUUUGUAAUUGCAGAGAGGGUACUGUACAUCCCCAGUAUAGGCUUUUGUUUACUGGUUGCAACUGGUGCAAGAACCCUGUAUGUCAGACUGAGGACUAGAGGCUACAAGGCCUUGCUGGUAUGUCUCUGCAUGGGACUAGUGCUGCUGAACGGGCUCAGAACUGUUCAAAGGAACGGGGACUGGAGCAACGAGGAGAACCUCUACAAGUCCGGGAUUGGUGUGAAUCCUGCUAAAGCCUGGGGAAACUUGGGGAACGUACUGAAGAACCAGGGCAAGAUGGCGGAGGCGGAGAAGGCGUACAGAAACGCUCUGCACCACCGAGGGAACAUGGCUGACAUGCUGUAUAACCUUGGCUUGCUGCUGCAGGAGAAUGAGCGUUUUUCCGAAGCGCUGCAUUAUUACAAACUGGCCAUUGGGAGCCGGCCGACGCUGGCAUCGGCCUACUUGAACACAGGAAUCAUCCUGAUGAACCAGGGCAGCCUGGAGGAGGCCAAACGCACCUUUCUGACAUGUGCCGACAUUCCAGAUGAGAACUUGAAGGACCCCCACGCCCACAAGAGCUCCGUCACCAGCUGCCUGUACAACCUGGGAAAGCUGCUCCACGAACAGGGCCAGCAAGAGGAGGCCCUGUCUAUUUAUAAGGAAGCGGUUCAGAAAAUGCCCAGACAGUUUGCACCACACAGCCUUUUCAACAUGAUGGGAGAGGCCUACAUGAGGCUGAACAGGCUGGAGGAAGCAGGCCACUGGUACAGAGAGUCCCUCAGGACCAAGCCUGACCACAUCCCUGCCCACCUCACUUAUGGCAAACUCCUGUCCAUCAUCGGGCAGAAGACAGAAGCAGAGAAGUACUACCUGAGAGCUAUUCAACUGGACCCCACAAAAGGAAACUGUUACAUGCACUACGGUCAGUUUCUGCUGGAGCAGUCCCGUCUUGGCGAGGCGGCGGAGAUGGCGGAGAGAGCCGCGGAGCUGGACAGCUCGGAGUUCGACGUGGUCUUCAGUGCUGCUCACAUGCUCAGACAGGCCAGUCUAAAUGAGGCAGCAGAGAGGCAGUACGAGCGUGCAGCCAGCCUCAGACCAGACUAUGCGGCCGCUCUGAUGAACCUCGGUGCCAUCCUCCACCUGAAUGGGAAACUUCCCGAGGCCGAGGCCAACUACCUGCGUGCGCUGCAGCUCAAACCCGACGAUGUCAUCACCCAGUCCAACCUGCGCAAGCUGUGGAACAUCAUGGAGAGGCAGGGGCUCAGGAUUAAGCAUGGGCUCGGGAUGCCGAAGAGCGACCUAUGAACUGAGAGAGUCGCGGCGCUCUUCGACUAAUGAUGACGCGGUGUCCUCCAGCGGAUGAGCUGGAGGCUAAAAGCUCUCUGUGAGACAGGGAAGACAGAUUCUUUGGCCUGCGAGGCUUGUGGAAGACAGUUUGAGGUUUGGCACGUUUGGGAUUCAAGGGCAGCCUGAUAAUACGUCACCAACAGUACUGUGUGGUGGUUAAGACAACUAAGACUAAUGUCACCUUUUAUCAUUACAUUUUAUGAAAUAAUGCUCAAUUUCUAAAUUAUGUUUUAAAGGCAAAUAACUACAAAGUCAUAAAGAAAAAAAUCUUGAACCAAGGUCUGCAGACUGGGUUUUGAAAUGUCAGCAUUGUUGGGUGAAUGAGUUUCAUUAUGUCUUCCAUGGUGCCAGCUGGUUUGUGUUAAAGGGGAACUCCACCGAUUUUAUGCAUCAAAGUCUGUUUGCUGGUCUUUGGGAGUAACGCUGCAUAUGUGAAAAAUGUUGUCGAAAUCAUCCUGGGGCUGAAGGCUACAAGUUUGGAAAUGAAAAUGUGUCGUUAGAAAGAUGUGAGGUUAAGGGACCUCUGUAGCCCGUUCUUCAUCUCUGGUUGAGGCUACAUUAGCUGCUAGUAGCAUAACACACCAGAAUGUCUGUCCAAACUGUCGCCGGUGGAGAUGCAUUAUGGGAAACGUAGGUGACAGACAAGCUUUUUUUCUGGUGCUGCUGCGGCAAUUUUGAUCCUUUCUCCUUAAAAAUGUUCACCAUGAGUCCAACAGUGUUGUCGGAGUGCUGUGCUAAAUCAGUAGAGUGC